AUGAUUGAAAGCUGUGUGCAGAAGAAAGAGGACAAGAGCAUGGCACAGAUUUGCACAGCAUACUGUCAAGCCAACAGCAAUGAUACAGACUCCAUGGCAGAACAGCGGCUAUCUAGCCUCAGUUGCAAGCUGAACCUGAACCUGUGGGACACAGCGGGCCAGGAGGAGUACGACUGCCUCCGCACACUCUCCUACCCUCAGACCAACAUCUUCGUCAUCUGCUUCUCCAUUACCAGUCCGCCCUCCUAUAAGAAUGUGCGGCACAAGUGGCAUCCAGAGGUGUGCCACCACUGCCCCGACGUGCCCAUCCUCCUGGUGGGCACCAAGAAGGACCUGAGAUCCCAGCCUGACACCCUCCGGCGCCUCAAGGAGCAGGGCCAGGCGCCCAUCACACCGCAGCAGGGCCAGGCGCUGGCCAAGCAGAUCCACGCUGUGCGCUACCUCGAGUGCUCGGCCCUGCAGCAGGACGGCGUCAAGGAAGUGUUUGCGGAGGCUGUCCGGGCUGUGCUCAACCCCACGCCAGUCAAGCGUGGGCGGUCCUGCGUCCUCUUGUGACCCUGGCACUCAGCUUGGAGGCUGCCCCUGCCCCCCCACCAGUUGUGCCUUUGUGCCUUGGCGCCUUGUCUGCCCCCAGCUGUGCUUUAAGGACUAAUUCUGGCACCCCUUGCCAGGGGGCUCCUCGAAUGCCUUUCUCUCCUUAAGGAGGCCCACAGGGAAAGAGGCUUUGGGCCCUGCCCUACUCUGCUUGGGAACACCAGGUAUUCUCGAGAGCUCACCCAGGCCAAGGUUGGAACCCUCCCCAAGAAGCCAACCCAGUGCCUCCUCCCCAGUUUCCCCUACUGACCAGUUGAUCCAGCUUUCCACACAGAUGUUGCUGGCUAUUAUGGUGCCUUCUCUCAGGUUAGGAGCUCUCAGCCAUCCCUAACCUCUCCCUUGCUGCUCUUCAAAUUGCUCCCCCCUCAAGAUGCUCUCUCCCUUCCCCAAAGAAGGAGCCACAGAAUCCUAAGAUGAAUGUGCCCUAACCUGCCACUAUGUGCCCAGGCCUUAUGCAUCCACUGACUGACUCAGCCCUCCUGGGGGGCCUUUCCCACCCCCAUCAGCAUCAAUAAAACCUCCUGUCUCCAGUAAAAAAAAA